AAAUAUAUAUAUAUUUACAAACUUUUGUUUAUAAAUUGAUUGAUUAAUUGAAUAAAAUAGAGAUAUCUAUAUAUGUAUAUACAUUAAAUAGAGUUUUAAUUAGAUAUUUUUUAUGUUGGCUAAAGACCAAAAAUUCUCCGCCACGUGUCUAUUAAAAAAUAUAUCAAGUGAGCGAGAACGGGUUCAGUUAUCAAUACGAUAAUAUUAUUGUUAUUAAUAAUUCGUUGGUUUAAUCGUCACUUAUUAUUAUUAUUUUUUUUUUUUUGUAAUUUUUUUUUAUUGGAUUCAUUUACUGGAGUUUGAUGCCCUUGUCGUGGCAGUGAUCGUACGACUAUGGCCCCGUCAUCAACAACAGAAAGCAAAAGUGACUGUUGUGAAUCAACAAAACACCCACCGGAAAAUCUUAAGAAUGGUAACGGUAAAAAUAACGAAGAAAUUCAACUCGAGGACUGCAAUGACAGUGACAGUGAAGUGGAGGUGGAUAUGGUGGUACCACCAGAUGGUGGAUGGGGUUGGGUAAUUGUUGCUGCAUCAUUCAUGUGCAAUGUUAUUGUUGAUGGUAUAAUAUUUAGUUUUGGUACAUUUUUAGACCCGAUUGCUCAAGAAUUUAAAGUAUCAAAAUCGAGAGUAGCAUUUGCUAGUUCACUACAAACUGGAUUUUAUUUAAUGGCUGGACCAUUUGUGUCGGCUUUAGCAAACAGAUAUGGAUUUCGAUCAGUAGCUAUUGUCGGCAGUUUCGUCAGUUGUUUGGCAUUUGUAUUAUCGUACUUUAGUACAUCGAUCGAAUUUCUUUAUUUCUCUUAUGGACUUAUCGGUGGAAUUGGUGCAGGGUUAAUUUAUGUCCCAGCAGUAAUAACAGCUGGAUUUUAUUUUGAGAGAUGGAGAGCUUUAGCAACCGGUAUCGCGGUUUGUGGUUCCGGUAUCGGAGCAUUUAUUCUUGCGCCUGUAUCUCAAAUUUUAGUUAAAAAUUUUAAUUGGCGGCAAGCCUUACUUAUUCAAUCUGGAAUGUUAUUAAAUUGCGCGAUUUGCGGCGCAAUGUUUCGGCCACUGAAACCCUCGAGAAUAAAAGUUAAGAAGUCUGAAGUUAAUCAAGAAGGAAUUGGUGAAGAAGUUAAAAGCCCGCUGGUUAAUGGGAAAAGUGUUUCUACUCAUUCAUUGAGAGGCAGCCAACAUUUAGCUGUGGGUUGGAUUUUUGGGACAAAUAAUAAUGCCGAGUAUCCUACUGCCGCUCAAGUUAUCGCUAGUAAUCCAAAUAUUGUCAAAUCAAUCCACUCAGCACAUAAUAUACUAGGAUUGAAUGGUGAUUUACAGUUGAGUUCAUCAGAAAAAAGAUUGUCAGUACCACUUUAUUCGGAUUUAGAUGUAACAAAGAGUAUUGAAAUUAAAAAAGGAGAAGAAAAUAAUUUACUUGACGUGGGUGACCUAGAAAAACUUAAUGGCCGAUUAUCUACACAAUUACAAGUUCGUCGACACACAAUAAGCGGUCGUCGUGAUCAUGGAAGUCAGUUAUCAUUAAAGAAAGCCGGAAGUAAACGUCAUCAGCCAACCUCUAAAGAUCCUCAACGACCGUUUUAUCGUGAUGACAUUUUUUAUGGCGGUUCGCUUGCACGAUUACCGCAUUAUAAAUCACAAUUAUCAUCAGUGGGUUAUCAUAUGUCUGUAACAAGAUUACCAACAACAACAGACGUCGAGGAAGAAAAAAGUGGCCGAUGCUAUCUUUGUCCCGAGAGCGUAUCACGUAUUUUAGUGACGAUGUUAGACAUUCAACUACUAAAGAGUCCAUCAUUUUUUAUUCUCGCGAUCAGCGGCGGUCUAACAAUGAUGGGUUUCUUCGCACCAUUCACUUAUCUACCUGAUCGUGGUAUGUCCUAUGGAUUCGAUAACGAAACUGCAACAUUUUUGGUAUCAACAAUUGGCAUCACAAACACGAUUGGUCGUAUUGUUUGUGGAACUUCGACAAGUUUGCCGGGUGUAGACGCACUUGUUGUUAAUAAUGUAUUAAUUAGUAUUAGUGGUAUCGCUACAAUUAUAUCAGCAUUAUCACAUUCUAAAGGAUAUCAAUUUUUCUAUGCUGCCAUUUAUGGAUCUAGUGUUUCCGCCUUUGCAGCACUAAGAUCCAUUCUUGUAGUCGAGCUCGUGGGAUUAGAGAAACUUACGAAUGCAUUUGGACUAUUGUUGCUAUUUCAAGGGGUAGCUGCAUUGAUUGGUUCACCGCUCGCAGGAAAGCUAAUGGAAGCUACUGGUAACUACGACGCGUCAUUUUAUUUAUCAGGUACCUUAAUACUCUUAUCAGCAGUUAUCUGUUAUCCACUUAAGAGAAUAAACGACUGGGAAAAGCAGCGUAACAAUGCCAAAUCAGAUAUUGAGAAUUGUUGAUUUUAUUUAUAUUUAUAACAAUUUGAAUUACUAGGCAAGACUGCUAAUUUGCUCUAUUGCAUUAUUAUUAUUAUUAUUAUUAAAUAAAUUUAUUAAUAUAGUCGUCAUUAGAAGGUAUUUUAUAUAAUGUGCGUAAUUUAAAGCACAUGGAGUCAAUUUAAUUGCAUUUAAUAUUUAAAUUUUACCGCCCAAUUUUUUUUUUGUUAUAAAUUUUAUUGUAAAUAUUUUUUUUUGUUUAUAAAAAAAUAUUUAUAUGUAAUUACAGUGAAUUGGGUUAGUAGUUAUUAAAUUUUAAAAUAAAUAUCCCAAUUCAUUUUAUUGUAAAUAUAUAAAUAUAUACAUAAAAAGCCUAGUGAAAUAUAUAUGACUUAUAAAAAUAAGUAACGAGUGGGCAUUGAGUAAAACAUAAUAAUUACUCAUCAAGUCUAUUUAUCGUUAAUUAUAAACUGAUUGCCAUAAUUAUUUAAUAGUUAUUAU